GGUCGCACAGUGACGAACCUUGUGAUACAUAGUUUGUUAUUCCACUGCAGAGUCUAAGAUUGCAAAAGUCUGCCAUAAUCAAUUCAGAGUCACUAGGCAGGACUUGCUGAGGGGAGCCCAUUGUACCACAACAAGAUGGCGGUCGUUGUUGGCACAUGGGCUUUCAGUAACCAAGCUGUGAGGGUCAUUGCCGACGAGCUGUUGAAAGGAAGAAAUAGUCUAGAUGCUUUAGAGAAAGGAAUAAAUGAUGUUGAAGAUGACCCCUUGACUGGUCGCUAUGUGGUUGGGCGUGGUGGGUACCCUAACUCUGAGGGUGUGGUGGAGUGUGAUUCUGCCGUUAUGUUAGGGGAUCAUUGCCAAUUUGGUGCUGUGGCUGCUUUACAAGGAGUUGCGACACCUUUUUCUGUGGCUCGUCUGGUUCUUGAGCGAUCACCUCACAGCAUGCUUGUUGGCAGUGGUGCACGCACUUUUGCUGAACAAAAUGGAGUAAAGAUAGAGAGUGAGGAGUCCUUACAAACUCAAGAAAGCAAAGAUGCUUAUAAGAAACACCAAGGACAAAAGCUGGCUAAAGAAGGUCAUGAUACAUUAGGUGUCUUAGUGCUUGACAGCAAAAGCCAGCUCCUUGCAGGUGUGUCUAGUAGUGGAAAGCCAUUCAAGUCACCUGGUCGUGUAGGGGAUUCCCCUCUUCCUGGGUCUGGCCUGUUUGCAGAUAAUGAGACUGGAGCAGCUGUAGCAUCUGGAGAUGGUGAUUUUUUGCUUCGUUUUUGUCCAAGUUAUCAAGCUGUACAGCUUAUGAGCCAGGGAUACACUCCACAGGAGGCUUGUGAGCAAGUGGUCAGAGUUAGUCAAACCAAGGCAGGGACGCUAUCUGAACCAUUUGAAAUGGCAGUUCUAGCGAUUGAUAAAGUGGGAAGGGUUGGUGCAGCAUCCACAGUGGAGUUUCCAUAUACUGUGUGGAGGCAGCAAGAUGAUACUUUAGAAACUAAAAUUUCUAGUUUUAAACUGUAGAAUAUUUUUACAUCACAGUAUAAAAACUUUAAAAAGAAUUGUCUGCAAUUAAAAAUUGUAACUUUAUAUUUACAUUUAGAACGAUAAGGAUAUAUUUAAAAGGCACAAAUUUAUACUAUAAUGGUGUUAAAUUAUGUCAUUAAUCGAGUGUACUUUGGAAAGGAGUAACUCCAUAAAAAUCCAAAUAAGUUACAUUGUCUAUUACAUAAACAACAUAUAAACCAAAAUACCAUUGAGUUUUUGAUACAAUAAAAUAGGUUUUAUAAAUAUGUGCAUGUAAAGGAGCCUGAUAAUGACAUAAACAAAUACAUGCAUUAGAUGAGACCUAUUUGUACAUAUUCUAUAAAUUAUUAAAAUAUAUAUGAUAGCUUUUCCAAAA